AUGGCUAAUUUCCCUCGUCGGGGCAAAUUUGGCUGCGGUAAUCGGGUACGUACCCCACUAUGGAUCUGCCGUGACAGUGCAGCAGAACCAGCAGAGCCAGCAGAGCCAGCAGAGCCAAACAGCCAUUGCAAAGACGGAGAGACAGCCUCUCAGCCACCGCUGAUGAAUAAUCCCCAAUAUUGGGACCUGGCAAGUCUUGGUUGCCGGUUCCAGUCAUCCAUCAGUGGACCGUCGACUAUCAUUGACCGCAACUGGGGCACGGUGCGUCGGGCCUGGUGCGAUUUACAGCCGAUCUUCUAA